AUGCGCACUACCACCCUCUUCACUGGAGCCGCCCUGGCUGCCACUGCCUUUGCUGGUCCCAUCUUCAAGCGCGACCUGGAGAUCGACACCGUCUAUGAUGUCGCCUAUGAGACCGUCUACGUUACCGAGACCGAGGGUGUCACUGUCCCUGUGACUGUUGCCGCAGAGCAACCUGCCCCUGCCGCUACCACCGAGGCUGUCGUGACUUCUCAGUACUAUGGACACCGUCACUCGUGGUCCAGACCUGCUGCUGAGUCGUCGGCUGCCUCUGUUGUCACUGUGGUCACCAGUGAGGCUCCCGCUCCCACUGUCGUCUCAUCGGCCACAUCAGCUCCCGUCGCUGCCUCAUCAUCCGCAGACCCCAAGGCCGCCAUUCCUCCUGCCCCUGCCCAAGGAUACACCAGUGCCUGGACCAGCUCCUGGGCCUCUACCUGGGUUGUGACUCCUUCUGCCGAAUCCACCACUGCUGUUGCUACUUCUGCUGCUCCUGCAGCCACCACUGAGGUGAGCUUACUUAAAUCGUUCAAUUAUCUUCUUUCUCGUGAUUCUUUACACCCCCGUGUGAACUUCGAAAGCCUCAUGGCCCAGAUGUUCCACCCUGCCUCCUCCUCCCAAAUCAAGCGUGCCACUUCGACGAUCAAGGUAACCUUGACGGUCAAGGCAUCUUCCUCGACGAAGAAGACUACUGUCACCUCGAAGGCAACUUCGACAAGCAAGAAAUCUUCCUCUUCUACGAGGAAGACAACUUCAACCAGCAAGAAGUCUUCUUCGACGUUGAAGGUGUCGACCAGCGUCAAGGGAACUCCUAUCUCCACGAAGGCAACCACCUCCCAGAAAACCUCGAGCACCAGAAAGGUCUCUUCUCUCUCCCCUUCCACUGUUGAAAGAGUUGCCACUGUCCCUGCCUCGCGCAACGCAUGCAAGCGCGAGUCAUCUGUUGCAUCCCCCAUCAGUUAUCCCAAAUCUUCGUCACCUCUCAUCAAACCCUCCUCUUCUCUCAAACCCACAUCAUCCUCCAAGACCUCUUCCAUCUCAGUCAAACCCACAACUACCUCAUCCCGCUCUACCUCUACUUCCAAGUCAUCAUCGUCCCAGCCCAAGAGUUCCUUCAAGUCGUCGUCGUCAUUGAGAAAAUCCUCGUCAUCUACAUUGACCAGCAAUGCUAAAACAAGUUCACAGGCUAGCAGCACUGUUGCCGCUCCUUCUGGUAAGGCUACCACCUACCAGGAGAUCGUCCUUGCCCACCACAACGUCCACCGUGCCAACCACUCUGCUUGCAACCUCGAGUGGGACUCGCAGCUUGCCGCCACCGCCCAGCAGAUCGCCGCCACUUGCGUCUAUGCCCACAGCAUGGAUGUGAACGGUGGUGGCUACGGCCAGAACAUCGCCGCCGGUGUCGAGGCUAACAACGUUUCCGCUGUUAUCACUGAGCUCUUCUACAACGGCGAGGUCGGCUACUACAACAACCUCUACGGUCAGGCCAACCCCGACAUGACCAACUUCGAGAAGUGGGGUCACUUCUCUCAGCUUGUCUGGAAGGGUACUACCAAGGUCGGUUGCGCUACUCAGUACUGCUCUGGCGGUCUUGCCAACGUUGGUCAAUACGUCUCUCCCUACUUCACCGUCUGCAACUACGGCUCCCCUGGUAACUACGCUGGUGAAUACGCCGACAACGUUGGUGAUUCGCUCAACAAGCCCACCCAGAACUGGUCGUACGACUUGUGA